CAAAAUACAGAAAUAUUCUCUCGCUUGUGCCUCUUCAUUGAUGCGCACAUUCUGGUGAGAGAGACAGAGAGAGAGAGAGAGAGAGAGAGAGAGAAUCGAUCGUUCUGGUUGUUAUGGAAGACUCGGUGACGGAGGAGAGACGAUGAUCACCAUUUCCUUUCUCUCUCUCUCUGAUCAAACAAAACGAUUCUGAUUUCAAUGGGCACGUUUCAGAGCUUUCGCAAAGCUUAUGGAGCUCUCAAGGACUCCACCAAGGUCGGUCUCGCCAAGGUCAACAGCGAGUUCAAGGAUUUGGAUAUCGCCAUUGUUAAGGCCACCAAUCACGUCGAGUGCCCUCCUAAAGAGCGUCAUGUUCGAAAAAUAUUUUCCGCGACGUCGGUGGUGAGGCCUCGGGCGGAUGUGGCGUAUUGCAUUCAUGCGUUGGCGAAGAGAUUGUCGAAGACGCGGAACUGGAUCGUUGCCUUGAAGACGUUGAUAGUUGUACAUAGGACAUUGAGAGAGGGUGAUCCAACCUUCAGGGAGGAACUUCUCAACUAUUCACACAGAGGACACAUUCUUCAAAUAUCUAAUUUUAAGGACGAUUCAAGUCCUCUUGCUUGGGAUUGUUCUGCAUGGGUAAGGACGUAUGCCCUUUUUCUAGAAGAGCGACUUGAAUGUUACAGAAUCUUGAAGUAUGAUAUCGAAUCAGAACGUUUAACGAAAACAUCACCAGGAUCAAGCAAGGUACAUAGUAGGACACGCUUGCUGAAUUCUGAUGAGCUACUGGAACAGUUACCCGCAUUGCAGCAGCUUCUUUACCGCCUAAUUGGAUGUCAGCCAGAAGGAGCAGCUUACAGUAAUUAUCUGAUCCAGUAUGCCCUGGCUCUGGUACUUAAAGAGAGCUUUAAGAUAUAUUGUGCGAUAAAUGACGGAAUAAUAAAUCUUGUGGACAUGUUCUUUGAUAUGCCAAGGCACGAUGCAGUUAAAGCUCUCAAUAUAUACAAAAGAGCCAGCAACCAGGCUGAAAAUCUUGCAGAUUUUUAUGAAUAUUGUAAGGGAUUGGAACUUGCUAGAACUUUUCAGUUUCCCACGUUGAAGCAGCCACCUCCAUCAUUUCUUGCAACAAUGGAAGAAUAUAUAAGAGAGGCACCACAGACAGGUUCUGUUAACAAGAGACUGGAAUACCGAGAGGCAGAGCUAUUGACUCACAAACCAGAAGAGCCUGAAGAACCCACCGAAACCGAAAAGAAGGUUGAGAAUGUUGAUGAUGACGAACCACUGGUGGCAACAGAGGAAGAACCCCAACAGAAGGAAGAGGAGGUCGCAGAACCUCCACCUCUUAUAGCAACUGAUAAUACUAGUGAUCUUCUGGGUCUGAGUGAAAUAAAUCCUAGAGCCGCAGAAAUAGAGGAAAGUAAUGCUUUAGCUCUUGCGAUAGUUACACCUGGGAAUGAUACGUCUUCUUCAAGUCGUGCUUUACAUGACAUCGGUGGAACUAGAGGUUGGGAGCUAGCCCUUGUUACCACACCAAGCAAUAAUACUGGUCCAAUGGUCGACAGCAAACUGGCCGGUGGGUUCGACAAGCUAUUGCUCGAUAGCUUGUAUGAAGAUGAACAUGCCAGAAGACAUCUUCAGCUGCAGAACGCAGGAUAUGGAACAUAUGGCGAAAUGUCAGUGCAGAAUCCAUUCGAACAACACCAACACGACCCGUUUGCAAUGUCAAGCGGAGUAGCGCCUCCCCCGAACGUGCAAAUGGCAAUGAUGCAGCAGCAGCAAAUGCUUUUACAACACCAGCAGCAACAACAGUUACAACCAAACGCAUUCCCACAGCAGCAUCAGCAGCAACAUCCAAAUGACUCCAUGAUGAUGGUACCUUAUCAACAACAGUUGCCUCAGUACCCUCAGCAGCAACAACAACAAAUGCAGCAACUUGGCCCUUCUAAUCCAUUUGGUGACCCUUUUCUUUCCUUUCCUCAAACCUCGGUACCGCCCCGAGGAAAUCAUAAUCUAAUCUAAUCUAAUCUAGAUUUUCUUUCCUUAUAUUUGGCUUCAACUUCUGUAAUCCUUUUUUUCUUCUUCACUCUCUCUCUCUUUAUUUUAUUUUUAUUUUUAAAAUUUUUUUUCAUAGGGGAAUUAUGUGUUCACUGUGAAGUUGAUAAGUUUAUUAUUUGUAACUAAUUAAAUAAUGGAAGGUGUAAUUUGGUUUUCA